AUGGCUUAUGCAACUACUUGGGAUGACUUUAAGGAGUUAAUGCGGGAGGAGUACUGUCCUCGUGAUGAGAUUCAGAAACUCGAGAACGAGUACUACAACCUGAAGAGGAUGAACAACAACAAUGCUGGGAACAACAACAAUGGCAACAAUGGGGGCAAUGGUGCUCGUGGAAGAGUGUUUACGAUUGGUGCUGGUGAUGCUAGGAACGACGACAAUGUCGUGACUGGGUUAGCUCCAACACCUCUAGGAGCUAAGCAUGUAGUAGAAUUAGCCGAUGGUAAAACAAUUGAAGCCUCACACGUUCUUAUGGGGUGUAAAUUAGAUGUUGUGGGUCAAGUGUUUGAUAUUGACCUCCUUCCUGUUACCCUUGGUAGUUUUGAUGUAGUGGUUGGUAUGGAUUGGCUGUCUAAGCACCAAGCUGAAAUUCUCUGUAAAGAGAAGGUCGUAUGUAUUCCUCUCCCCAGUGGAGAAUUUCUAUCAGUUCAGGGGCAUCACAAUGGUGUGAUGGUUGGUAUCAUCUCAGCUAUGCAAGCGCAGAAGUGUCUACGAAAGGGGUAUCCUGCUAUUUUAGCACUUGUUACUGAUACUCCGUCCAAAGAUAGGAAGAUCGAAGACCUGCCAGUUGGUCUUGAAUUUUCUGACGUAUUCCCUGAGGAACUUCCUGGUUUACCUCCUUACCGUCAAGUGGAUUUUUAG